AUGGAGGCAAUCAGAAAACAAGCCACGCGGUUGAGGGAACAAGUCGCCCGCCAACAACAGGCUGUCCUCAAACAGUUUGGUGCUGGGGGAUAUGGAGGGUCAGACAAUUUAGUUACUGAUGAAGCAGAACUCCAGCAACAUCAGAAACUUGAGAAGCUUUAUAUCUCAACGCGUGCUGGCAAGCAUUUUCAAAGGGAUAUUGUUCGUGGUGUAGAAGGAUAUAUUGUGACUGGGUCCAAACAAGUUGAAAUAGGAACAAAGUUAUCUGAGGAUAGCAGGAAAUAUGGGGCUGAAAAUACUUGCACCAGCGGCAAUACAUUAUCAAAAGCUGCAUUGGGUUAUGGACGUGCUCUUGCUCAAAUGGAGAAGGAACGUGGGAAUCUGUUGAAGGCUCUUGGCACACAGGUAGCUGAGCCAUUAAGAGCAAUGGUAAUGGGAGCUCCAUUGGAGGAUGCACGACAUCUUGCUCAGCGUUAUGACAGAAUGCGACAGGAAGCUGAAGCACAGGCGAUUGAAGUUUCCAAACGUCAAGCAAAAGUGAGGGAAACACCAGGAAAUCCUGAGAGUGUCAUGAAAUUGGAAUCUGCAGAGACAAAACUGCAAGAUCUAAAGUCAAACAUGGCAAUAUUGGGAAAAGAAGCUGCUGCAGCCAUGGCCGCUGUUGAAGCUCAACAACAGAGGUUGACACUUCAGAGACUUAUUGCUAUGGUUGAAGCUGAACGUACAUAUCAUCAACGAGUGCUUCAGAUACUUGAUCAGCUUGAAGGCGAGAUGAUAUCAGAGCGGCAACGAAUUGAAGCACCUCCUCCCCCAAGUGUGGACAGCAUGCCUCCGCCGCCAUCAUAUGAGGAAGCUAAUGGAGUUUAUGCUUCUCAAAUGCAUAAUGGCUCAACAGACUGCAUGGGAUACUUUUUAGGCGAGGUUAUGCAUCCAUAUAAUGGUGACUCUGAUGUGGAGCUGAGUUUGUCGGUUGGUGACUAUGUAGUUGUGCGAAAGGUGACAAACAAUGGCUGGGCUGAAGGAGAAUGCAAGGGGAAAGCAGGUUGGUUUCCGUUUGGAUACAUUGAAAGAAGGGAGCGUGUUCUUGCAAGCAAAGUAGCAGAAGUUUUCUAGAGUUCUGUGCUUGUUGGCGUCUGCAGAGAGGAUUUUGUAUGUGUGUAUCCUUUUUUGUGCUAUAUGAAUUCAAAGGUUGGGAGUGUUAUCGCAAAUAGAAGAAUUCCUGUCUGGUCUAGUUUUGAUAUGUAAUAUACAUACCAAACUCUUUUCUUUUUCCCAUCAAUAUGUGAAUACAUUUUUAUAUUUCUAUUUAUUUAAUUUUUUUAGGUGACAUGAGUUUUGUCCCUAAUUUGUUGCUAUUCGCUGAUUGAUGAGUGAAAAGCUGUCCUUUCGUAUU